AUGUCGGAGGCGGCGGGCGCGCCGGAGGAGGAGGCGGCGGCGUCGGGGGCGCCGGGGGCGGCGGGCGGGCCGCCCGGCCUGCCGAUGCCCUUCCUGCUGGUGCUGGUCUUCUUCGCCAUGGGCCUGGGCGGCUUCCUCCUCUGCCGCGUGCUCAAGACGCGCGGCUACCGCUGCCGCACCUUCCGCGACGAGGCGGCCGCCGCGGAAGACCCGGAGGCGCGGGCGCAGCUGCACGACGGCGACGAUGAGGACGAGGAGCUGAACGAGGACACGGUGGAGAAGAUAGUGAAGUGCAUCAUUCAGAAUGAAGCAAAUGUGGCGGUCCUAAAGGAGAUGCUGCGGGAAGGCGAGGCUGAGCUGCCAGUGCCCGUACCCAUGCCGGUGCCCAUCCCCAUGCCCAGCCUCUGUCCCCAUCGCAACAGCCAAGAUGGCGGUGUGCCCCAUCACCACACGGUGCACCUGGGCUCGACGCAAGCCCCGUGCAUGCACUGCAGCCAGAAGAAGAGACACCCGCUGCAUCGUCAGGGCCGGUCCAAGGAGGGCAAGAGCAAGAUGCACCCUGGAGAGACCACGGUCUUCUCUGUUGGCAGAUUCCAUGUCACCCAUAUCGGGAAGAAACCUGCUUCCCACGGCUCACAGGGAGAGUCCCUUCCUGACAGCCAGCAAGAUCUUGGCCCUGGUGACCUGAAGCCUGAGACUCGGGAGGGGUCUCAGAACGGAACAGUCCCCGUGGAUCAGCCAGCAGGUGCUCUGAGGGACGGAGAGCCAAAGGAAGCCUGUAAAGAUGAGCCCGCCCAAGGAGAGAGUCUCUUGGAUGCAACGGCCAGUUUAGACGUUCCCAAGAAUGGACUGGAGAGGAAAAAGCACCACCAGGCAGGCUCACUGCAAGAGGCGGACCUCCUAGGUACUGCCGCAAGCAACACACGUGACCCACAGUUUUUGUGUCCUGCAGAGCUGUUUGUCUCAGAAGACCUGGACGAGGUGGAGAAGCUGGCUAAGAAAGCUCAUCCCUCUGAGGAUGAGCGUUUUCAAGGGGCAGCUAAUGACAUGUCAGGAAAUGAAAGCACUCAGGUUCUUCAAGGAGGUUCUCACCUAGAUCUACCUGGAAAUGAGGUCCAUAGAAUACAGAGUCUAGAGCAACAGGAGAAGAGCUUAAUGGUGCCAGGCCCAGGAGUACCUGUGUGACAAUGAAGCUGCUCCAGGCUCAGGCUGCCAAGCAGAGUGAUGCACCAGGGGCGGCCUCCAUGCCCCCCCCCCCCAGAAUGAGACCACUGGAUCCCCAGAGGGCCAUGCAGAGCAGGCCUGGCCCAGGAGAGCUCCAGGGUACUUGGCGCUGCCACCGCGGGGCAAGGACGCGUUGCUUCAAAGAAAUCACUUGGCAAGAGCCUCAUCCCCCCUCAUCCCGGUGCCCCAUUUUGCAGCAACAGCAGGACCACGUCAUGGGAUUCUCCACACUCCGGGAAAGCCCAGCUGCCCCCUACUGCCCAGCAUCAGCACAAUAUACGGUGCUAUACAUGGUCCCGGGCACGGAAGGUCUCCGCUCCUGGCGCAGGGACACAGUCCUGACUCCUUGCCGCUGCUGCCAUUUUGUAUCCACCAGCCAGCCAGCAAUUCCCUCUUAGGACAGUCCCGAGAGACUCGGGGUCAUUCGCUGUUUGGUGCGGUUCCUUUGUGGAGGGAAGCCGCCCUGUGCUGCUAUAUUUCAGCAAUAGCCACAUUCUCCUGCAUGUCGGCCAGGAUGAGCAAACUAGUCAGUGUUAGAAGCACAGCCCCUGCUUAGAGAAGUCGGCCAGCGUGGGUGGCUACAGAAGGAGGGUUGUGGCUUCCGCCAUCCCCAGUCUGUAGUUUUGACAAGCCUAAGUGGAUCAAGGCCAGGCCAGGACCCAAAUUGCCUCCCCAGGCCCGUGCUGAGCUGGCAGUGGGGCACUGGACUUGAUAAAAAAGGGUGAGUUAGGAAGUUAUGCCCAAAGAAGUGGGCAGAGCUGCCAUCGCUAGGCACACACAAGUUUGGCAUUUCCCAGCAUCGGAAGGGCCCUUCCUCUGGACUGCAAUAACGACCGACACUCCCCAGAAAAGGGUCUGCUAGCCAUAUCUGCCCCCACCCGUCAGGAGCAGCCUCAGGAGCUCCGGUGCUCCGCUUGAGAUCUGCGCACAUUCCCAAGCAAGGCGAGAGGCCUGCUUCUGGCAACCUCUGCUUGGGAAGUCUGGUGAUGGCUGAGCAGAGGGGCUUGUACACCUAGGGACAGAGACCAGCUUCUCUCCAGCUUUGGAGAGCAGCUCAGUAAAAGCUCCCCGAGGCCUCCCUCCCUUCACCAGCCCUGCUCCACUUUGUGCUCCAAUUCAGGCCCUGGGAAGCCACCAACCACGGCCACUUCUCCCUU